UUGAAUAAAAUUAUCUACAAAUAUAAUCACUAUACUUUCUAUUUAAAGGAAUCCUCAACAUUAAAUAGUAAAUUAUUAAGAAUAGCAAUAGAUAACUUCUGGAAUAAUAGAGUUGGGAGCCUAAUAUGUCCCUAUGGAGAAAAAAUAUUUUAUAUAGGAAUAUUAACAAGGAUAGUUACAUCAACAGGAUUAAUUAAAACACUAGGUAAGAAGAAAUAUAUAAAUCUAUCAGAUAAAGAUAAAAAAAUAUUAUUUAAUUACUUAGAUAAUCAGUUAUCAAUUAAAAUAUCAGGAUACAAUGAUACUUACAUAGAUGAAAUAAUAUUUAGUUAUUGUGUAUUUGAUGGUAAAAUAGAUGUAGAUUAUGAUAAUUUCAUAGAUGAUGAAAAUAAAAUAAUUCAUCAAAAUUAUAGUCACUAUAAAAUACCUAUUGUGCAUCCAUUUGAUAGUUUAAAUAAAUUUGGAAACAUAUUUGCUAUAAAUGAAAAUGAUGAUGGUACAAUUACUACAUUUAUACAAAAUGAUACUAAUAAUAUUUUUAUUGUUAAAACUAAUACAGAUUCAUUUGGAGAAAGAACAAAUUCAGUUAAAAUGUUAAGAAAAGGUCAAGAAGUGUUAGAGUUCAUAGAUUCAUCAAAAAGUGAAAAUGGACAAUUCGUAAGAUCUAUAGGAAGUAGAUUAUAUCACUAUGAAAAUAACGGAACGUUUAUUGCAAUGACACAAGCUAAAAUGAACUAUAAAACUAUAGAUGUUCAGAAAGAAGAUAACGAAAUAGAUAACUUUGCAACAGGUGAUAUUGAAACUUAUAAUAGUGGCGAUUCUAAUAAUACCUUAAUACCUUAUUUAAUAGCAUUUAGAUUAGAAUUAGCUAAUUAUUCAUAUUAUUUAACUGAAUUUAAAUCUCCUAUUCAAAUGUUUAAACAUGCAUUUAAUGAUUUAUUUGAUAUAGCAGAAAGAAAUUUUGGAAGAGGAAAGGGAAGAAACUUAUAUGUUUAUUUUCAUAAUUUAGCUAAUUUUGAUGCUGUAUUUAUAUUAAAAGCUCUAGCUGAAUUAAAUUUAGAAAUAGAUAAUAAUAUGGAUACAGUAUUUAAUAAUGGUAGAUUGAUCUUUAUUAAAAUUAAAAAGAAAAUUUAUUAUGAGGAUGAGGAAGGAAAUACUAGAAGAGCAACAAUUUCAUUAACAUUUUAUGAUUCAUAUCAAGUAUUACCUUUAUCCUUAAGAAAAUUAGCUCAAUUUUUUAAUGGGGAGGAUCAACAAAAAUAUUACUUUGAUUUCAAUAAAGUAAAUAAGGAUACCCUAAUUAAAUAUAAAGAUGAAGCAACUAUAUAUUGUAAACAAGAUUGUAUAGCUUUAUAUGAUGUAAUAAAGAAAUUUAAGAAACUAGUAUAUGAGCAUUUUAAGGUGAAUAUACUAUUAUAUCCUACAAUUUCAUCUAUAGCCUUUGCUGUAUUUAGAGUUAAAUUUAAUAAGAAAAAAUUAAUUCCAAUGAUAGGUGGAGAUAUGUAUAGACAUAUUAAGAAAGCAUAUACAGGUGGAUCUACAGAUAUGUUUGUUCCUUUAUUCUAUAAUAAAAAAUAUAAAGAUGCUUUCUUAAAGUUUAAUAAAGAUAGAAUUAAUUUUAUGAAAUCAGUAGAAGGAUUUAUACCUACACUUACUGAAUGUAAAUCUAAUAAUAUUUUUGGAUAUGAUGUAAAUUCACUUUAUCCAGCAAUAAUGAGAGAUGUUAAAUUACCAUGUGGGGCUAUCACUUAUUUUGAAGGGGAUAUUAGGAAAUUAAAACCUAAAGCAGUUGGUUUCUUCCAUUGUAAAGUAACAGCUCCUAAAUGGUUAAAACAUCCUAUUAUUCAAAUUCAUCAUGAUAAGAGAACUAUUUCACCUUUAGGAAAUUUUGAAGGUAUGUUCUAUAGUAGUGAAAUCGAUAACGCAAUAAAAUAUGGAUAUAAAUUUAAGAUUGAGUGGGGAUAUAUUUUCUCUAAGCAAGAAUAUAUAUUCAGAGAUUUUGUUGAUACCCUAUAUAAUCUAAGAAAAUCAUAUGAGAAAUCACAUCCUAUGAAUCUUAUCACUAAAUUAAUAAUGAAUUCAUUAUAUGGUAGAUUAGGAAUGGAUGAUGAUUUCUCAACUAUAAAAAUACUUAAUUCAAAUCAAAAUCUAAGUUUAAAUUAUGACGCAUCUAAUAAAAAGAAUAAAAUUGAUAUAUACGAUGAAAUACCCUUUACAUUGGAAAAUGGUGAAGAAUUAUUUUUAGUUAGUUAUAAACAUACUGAUAAUUAUAAAAACAUAGAUGUAAAUGUUAAGGUUCAUAAUACUUGUAUCGCUUUAGCAGCUUCAAUCACUGCUGAAUCAAGGAAAUUUAUGUCAGUUCUUAAAAAUAUAGAUGAUAUAACUAUUUUUUAUACAGAUACCGAUUCUUUCUUUAUAAAUUUAUCCCCCUCAGAGUUAAAUAAAGUUAUGAAUGGUAUUGUUGAUAAUAAAGAAUUAGGUAAGUUAAAGUUAGAAUAUGUAAUAGAGAAAGCUGCUUUUUUAGCACCUAAAUGUUAUUAUUUAGUGUUAGAAAAUGGUGAGGAGGUAAUAAAAAUUAAAGGUGUUAAAAAAGAAGCCAUUUUAAAGACUAAAGAAAUGGGUAUAUUAAACUUUGAAAGUUUUAAAAAAUUACUGAAUAAGGAUGGAAGAAUGGUACUAAGUCAGGAAAAAUGGUUUAAAAGCUAUUUAGAAGGAAAAAUAAGUAUCCUAGAUUCCGUGUAUGAAAUAAAACAGACUGAUAAUAAGAGAGAUUUAAUCUAUGAAAAUGAUAUUUGUGUUGGAAGUAAUGGUAAAUAUUUAUAA